AUGGUAGACGUCGAAAUGCAGCUAGAAAGUAUCACUUUUACUCCAGGACAGUCAACACCGCAUAAAGAGAGCAACUCCGAUUUGCCAAAGAUCGACAAGGCGACUGCCACCAAAUGGGCACGUUACCUCAACGAGGACAUUCUUUAUCUCGUUCUCGAGCACGCAUACUUUGACGAACUUCUCCGUCCAGACUAUCCGCAGCUGGCAAAGUAUGCCCUCGUGGCUAAAGCAUGGCGAGAGCCUGCACAGCGUCUAAUCUUCCACGAGAUUUCCAUCAAAGACGACCGGGCGUUCAAGUGCAUCUCACGCCUCUUCUCAUCGCUACCCAAGAACUCCAAGUCUGCGCCGACCGACGAUGACCUCAACGAUUCCACUAUUCAAGUGGUCUCCCGCUGUGAAUGGCUGAGAAGCUGUGUCCGUGUCCUCAACUUUUGGAUUUACAAGACCGGCCGGAUGUCAAACACCUGGGAGACGCGGUUUGCAAACGUGAUGACCUGGUUCCCUGCACUUUAUGAGCUUCGACUGGGUGUCGACGUCGCGACUCGACUCCAAGACAGCACCAUUGCCAAAUUAAACGCAUCUACUGCGCCAAAAUUACGUGCGCUCCAAAUCGCCAUGCGCCCGGCCGAGGAUGGAUCACGACCGACGCAGUCUGUUCUACCCUUUCAGCUACUUACCGCUGUGACCAAAUGGAAGUUGGAACAUUUGGUCGUGCGCGGGGAUAACUUUCGGCUUAGCGGGCAUACCGAGUUUGGACCAGUCCCGCAUCAGCUGCACGAGUUUCGUUGGUCGGUGCAAAACACGACAAACGCGAAAGAAGUUGAUGAUUGCAUCUCCUACCUGACCGCCAACUCUCACAAGACGCUGGAAGUCAUCCACAUCCCUUCGCCCCUACAUCCAAUUGUCCUUCAAUCUAUGGCCACCCUCCGUAGCCUGCGUGUCGAGACCCAGUACGGGAUACCCAAGCAGCUCGGCGGGCUGAAAGAGCUCAUCAUCGCCGACAAGGUCGGGAGUCUCCCGAAGGACGUUAGUUUCUACAGUAGCUUGCCCAGGCACAUUAUCCAUCUCGGAAUCUUCACCACCUAUGUGGAAGACGAUGCAGCGAUCAACACUCUAGGCCACAAGCUGCCACAGAAGCUACAGAGACUAUCUAUCUACACCGACAAGGUGCUUUGGGAUCAAGACGCGGCCAAUCGGCGACUCCAGGAGGCAGGGAGGGGUAAAGUCCCGAAAACACCGUCGAUCACAUCAACCGACCCAGCGGACCGGAAACUACUGGCUCGAACAUGGAAGAUGUUGGAUGUGAACAUCCAGGUGUAUACAUGGUCGGGCGAUAUCAUGUCCAAAAUCGGACAGCGCUCUGACCUAGUACGCUCAACCCACUAUCCUCGUGGAGUGACGGUGGAGAAUAUGCGAUAUAUGAGCCGUGUUGUCGGCGCAGAGGACAGCUCCGGCCGUCGACGGAAGAGCAUAAAGGUCGGUGGUCUGGACGGAAUGAAAAAGGUGUUUGGUUUCUCCUAA